UUCCUAAGUUCAGGGAAACCCUAACUCAAGUAUAAUUGAGCUGUUGUGUGUCUGUGCAGUACUCAUGCAGUAAGAUGGCAGAAGCCAGAUUUUCUCAAGAUGAUUUCAUGUGUCCAGUGUGUCUGGAUCUCCUGAAGGAUCCAGUGACCAUUCCCUGUGGACACAGUUUCUGUAUGGGAUGUAUAACAGACUGCUGGGAUCAGCAGGAUCAGAUGAGAGUCUACAGCUGCCCUCAGUGCAGACAGAUCUUCAAUCCAACACCUGAUUUAGCUAAAAAUACCAUGCUGGCUAAAGUGGUGGAGAAACUGAAGAAACCUCCUGGUCACUCUUAUGCUGGACCUGGAGAAGUGCAGUGUGACGUUUGUGCUGGAAGAAAAUACAAAGCCGUCAAGUCCUGUCUGGUGUGUCUGGAAUCAUACUGUCAAACUCAUUUUGACCAUCAUGAGGAAUUUCACUCAUGUAAGCGCCACAAAGUGACCGAUACCACUGGACAACUGCAUGAGAAGAUCUGCUGUCAACAUGACAAGCUUCUGGAGUUGUUUUGUAAAACUGAUCAACAGUUUAUAUGUGUGCUUUGUUUGAAGUAUGAACAUAAAAACCAUGACACUACAUCAGCUGCUGCGCAGAGGACAGAGAAACAGAAUCAGCUGAAGGAGACACAGAGAAGGUUCCAGCAGAGAAUCCAACAGAGAGAGAAUGAUCUUCAGCAGCUGAGAGAGGCUGUGAAGUCUCAUAAGCGCUCUGCACAGACAGCAGUGGAGGAGAGUGAGAGGAUCUUUACUGAGCUCAUUCGCUCCAUUGAGAAAAGACGCUCUGAGGUGACACAGCGGAUCAGAGAUCAGGAAAAGGAUGCAGAGAGUCGAGCUGAAGAACAACUGGAGCGACUGGAGCAGGAGAUCAAUGAUCUGAGGAGGAGAGACGCUGAGCUGGAGCGGCUUUCCCAAACGCAGGAUCACAUUCAUUUGCUUCAGAGCUUUCAGUGUCUCUCAACACCUCCUGAAUCUACAGAAGUACCCAACAAUAUCUUCAGUUCUCUCUUCUCUUUUGAUAGCAUGAGAGAAUCUGUCCGUGAGCUGAGAGACAAACUGGGGGAUUUCUGGAAAAAAGAGCUCAGUAACAUCUCUGACAGAGUUACAUUCACCAACAUGGUUCCCAGGACCAGCAACGACUUCCUACAAUAUUCCCAUCAGCUCACUCUGGAUCCAAAUACAGCACAUAAACGGCUUUAUCUGUCUAACAGGAACAGAGUGAUUACUAAUACUUUCACAGAGCAGCUGUAUCCUGAUCAUCCAGAAAGAUUUGAUUAUUGGCUUCAAGUGUUGUGUAGAGAGAGUGUGUGUGGACGCAGUUACUGGGAGAUUGAGUGGAGUGGGUUGUAUGGUGUGUAUAUAUCAGUGUCAUAUAAGAGCAUCAGCAGAAAGGGAGGGGAUUAUAACAGUUGGUUUGGACAUAAUGAUCAGUCCUGGAGUCUAUUCUGCUGUCCAUUCAGAUUUUCAUUCAUCCACAAUAAGAUAGAGACUGACCUCCCUGUAGUGUCCAGUCGUAGAAUAGGAGUGUAUGUGGAUCACGGCGCAGGAACUCUGUCCUUCUACAGCGUCUCUGACACAAUGAGACUCAUCCACACCGUCCAGACCACAUUUACUCAGCCGCUCUAUCCUGGGUUUUGGGUUUAUUAUGACUCAACAUCAGUGAAACUGUGUUGAUGAAUCAGAAUAGAUUCAUAAGAAAUUCUACCCAUAAUGCUUUGAGCUGCAUGAUAAAUCAGUGACAGUGAGAUGAUGAUAUCAAGUCAAUACAAAUAUGUAUUUGUAUGCUCCAUAAAGUUUCAAAGCAGGUUUACAUAAAAUAAUGAUGGUUAUGUAUACAAUAUCUUGUACUUUUUAACCUUUUUAACGCAUAACUGCCAAAUUCAAAUUUACAUCCUGGAAUAUGUAGAUUGAAACGUCUUCCAAUUGUUGUUUAAUAAAUGAAACGCUACUCACUGCAUUAAGGUUAAAAAAUGUUUCCAAAUAUAUGCCAGAAACAUAUUAACCACUGCAAUAAUGCGAAGCUGUCCUACCUCUUACCAUUGUUAUUAUUAAUUUAAAUGCAUUCAUGCCACCUCUGAGCCUCAUUAAACAGUCUGUAAAUAAUGCCACUUUUGUGUUCUUCUGUACCACCUCUGGUGUGCAAUGAUAAAUUUUGUUGAUACUGA